UGAGGAGCAGACGGAGAAAGAGAGAGAGAGAGAGAGAGAGAGAGAAAGAGAGAGAGAGAGAAAGAGAGAGGGAAAGAGAGCGAGAGAGCAGAACUUCCCUCUCAACACCAACACACGACAUCAGUGUGUUGAAAUCUCCUCAGACUGGUUAGUUAAAGGCUGAGAGACACCAUGCCGCUGGAUUUGCUGGAGGUGGUUGUGGUCAGAGGGACGCUGUUAACAGGUGGGCUGUAACCCUCAGGGGGUCAGUCCUCUCUCAGCCUGAGGAACCUCAGUUCUGCUCUCUCUCUCUCACAGACACUGACUGAGGGAGAGACAUGGACCUGAAAAUGAGUUUACUGAAGAUGUUUUUCUUAUUUACACUGUUAUGUUUGGUCACAUCUGAGCAAAUUACUCCGAUUAAAGAGGAGAUACUGGAUUCUACCUCACAGAGAGAGUUAAGUUGGACUUCCACACCAUCAAAAGCUUGGCAAGAAAUAACGAUGAAACUGGGACAGGAUACAGCACAUACUGUCUAUCAAAGCUGUGAUCCUAAAUCUAAAAACCAACCAAGAACACUAUGGACUAACUGGCUACCAAGGAAUGAUGCUCAUGAGCUCCUGCUGGACUUGCAGUUUGCUCAAGAUGACCAAACACCUGUUAUCAUCCAGGUACUGGAGUCUGAUGCACCUUUGGUGAAGCUUAACUCAGGACAAGAGAGGAAUGAGGCAGUAGCUCCAAGUGCGUUUGCUCUGAAAGGAACUUUAAACCUUAAAGAUGUGGAGGAACACUUGCAUCAUGCUGAGAACCGUAACCUGGGAAUUAUCUCAAGACAGGGCUUCUAUCUGGGUUUCACCUACCGCGGAUCAUGCAUGUUCAUUUCCUCCGUGCGGCUCUUCUACACGAAAUGCCCAGGCUUGGUGGAGAACCAUGCCAGCUUUGGGGAAGCGUCAGCAGGAUCAGGCAUGAGCAGAGGUCAAUGUGUGGACGGAGCUGAAGAGCGUUCUGCACCAAUGAGAGAGUGUCACUCGAACGGAACGUGGAGUGAUCUGCAAGGGUCGUGUGUCUGCAGAGCUGGUUAUCAGUCGGAAGGGAACAUUUGUACAGCUUGUAAGGUGGGCAGUUACAAGCCUGCCAAUGAUAGCGGAGAAUGCAGACCUUGCCCGGCCAAUAGCAGAACACUCUCUGAAGGUGCAUCGGAGUGUGAUUGUGAAGAGGGACACGGCCGUCUACAAAGUGACCCACCACACGUAGGCUGUACAAGACCACCAACUGCACCACUAAAUCUUACCAUCCAUCAGCUGAGUGACACAGCGCUGAUUCUGAGCUGGGCGGCUCCUGCAGAUCUUGGUGGAAGAGUGGAGGUGCUGUAUGAUGUGGAGUGCAGGCAGAACACAGGACAGACUCGUGAUCCAUGGCAGCCGUGUGGGAAUUCUACCUUUAUUCUCCCACAGCCCACAGGACUGACUGAGACAGUGGCCAACAUUACUGGACUGCACGUGAAUGUGAACUACCAGUUCUCCGUCAGAGCAACCAACCGUAUUUCUGCUCAACUGGACAGUUCAGGAUCUGUACAGUCCAUUACUGUGUUGAAGACCCCGGUACAAAUCCCUCCUGCUCCUGUAGCAACGGCCCAUUUCCAGGUGAAGGAGGAGAAGUGGAACAUGGCUCCUAUGAUUGCAGGUGUUGUGAGUGGAGUACUGCUGCUGCUGGCACUCAUACCAGCUGCCUACUGCUUUUUGCGCCGUGGUUACAGCAAACUCAGAGGAGAUCAUGAUGCAGAGCUCGUGCCACUGCAAACUCCUGUUGUAUCAUACCGUCGCACUGAGGACCCAGAGACUGCAACUCCACAAGAAACCAACAGUGCAUUUCAGGUGUUAGACGGUGCAAGUGAGCGGCUGCUGUGUGGGAUCAGAGAUGUGCUGGUGGAUCGUAGCAGACUGACGCUGGGCAAGGAGCUGGGCAAAGGGGAAUUCGGGGCGGUCUAUGAGGGUGUAUUUUCUCGUCAAGAGGGAGAGAAUAUUAAAGUGGCAGUGAAGACCAUGAGAGUUGGAAUUUACAGCCACGAUGAUCUGCAGUCGUUCCUGAAGGAAGCUGAGAUCAUGCAGCACUUUGACCAUGAAAACGUGGUGAAACUUCUAGGUGUCACUCUGGAGAGAGAGGAGGAUUCCUCUAUUCCUGUUCCUCUGGUCAUUCUGCCAUUCCUGAAACACGGGGACCUGCGGCGGUUUCUUAUAGCAACCCGCUAUGGAGACAUUCCCAUGUUUGUGCCUCAUCAAAGCCUCCUGCGCUUCAUGGUCGACAUUGCCACAGGCAUGGAAUAUCUCAGCUCCAAGGGCUUCCUGCACAGAGAUCUAGCAGCACGCAACUGCAUGUUGGGAGAUGAUCUGCGCGUACGUGUUGCUGACUUUGGCCUGUCCAAGCAGAUUUUCAGCAGUGAUUACUACAGACAGAGGGUCGUCAUCAGAAUGCCAAUAAAGUGGAUGGCCUUAGAGAGUCUUUCUGAGUCCAUCUACACCAGCAAAAGUGAUGUGUGGUCAUUUGGAGUGACCAUGUGGGAGAUUGUGUCCAGGGGAAGGACUCCUUACCCCGGUAUUCCCAAUCAUGAACUCCUAGACAUGCUGGAGGCUGGUCACCGACUCAAACAGGGCGAGUGUGAUGAUAAAUUAUAUGAGGCGAUGCUAAGCUGCUGGCACAGAGAGCCCUCAGAGCGGCCCUGUUUCACGGCACUGGCUCAGAGACUGAAAGCCCUUCUGUCUGAGCUUCCCCCACUGGAGGCCAGUAUGGAGGCCCACUACAUCAAUCAGGGCCUGGAGGCAGCCAGUGCGAACCAGAGCAGCACUGCUGACCCUGAACCUGAGGGGGCUGUGGGGAACCUGUACCUGCCCUCCCCGGUCAGCUGCGUCCCUCCUAAGCAGCAGGCAGAGAGGAAAGAGGAAGAAAAAGAAGAAGAAGGCGGAUAUAUGGUUUACAAUAAAAGUGGAUGACCGUAAACUGCGAAAAGAAGCAAAUACCAAAUGCACUGUUCUGUAUAUAAAGACAUAUAUGUAUCUGUGUGUAAAUAUUUUUUAUCUGUAUUUUAUUAUAUAUUUUUCUACAUUUUUCAACAAAACAAAAAUGUUUUUUUUUCUUACCAUUUUCUAAUAACCUUAAACUGCACAAACAGGAGAAGCCAUUCUUCACAAAUAAUAAUAAAAAAUAUAUAGAUCAGUAAAAUAUGAAUCA